UGAGACGGAGGCGGACCGCGGCGGCGUCCAAUGUUUCUCCACAGAGCCGACUGGAAGCCUUCUUCUCCCGGAGCCGCGCGGAGAUAACUGAGAGGAGGAGACCCCGGCCGCGAUGAUCAGCACCAUGGAGUGCGCCGUGGACGCGCAGAGUCUCAUCUCCAUAUCCCUGAUGAAGAUCCACAACUCCAGGACGCAGCGGGGGGGCAUCAAGCUGCACAAGAACCUGCUGGUGUCCUACGUGCUGAGGAACGCCCGGCAGGUCUACAUCAAGGAGAAGUACGCGGAGAUCUACCGGAUGCAGCAGUACGAGGAGGUGAUGGCCGUCUGCAACGAGAUCCAGGAGCUCGACCCGCUGGACGUGGAGGCGGAGGACGCGGAGGACGCGGCGGAGCAGCGGGCGCGGGCUGCCGCCUGCUGCUGCGGCGCGGAGGAGGAGGAGGAGGAGGAGGACGAGGAGAGCGCGUGCCACCGGGGCGCAGCGCACUGCCGGGCGGCUCCGGGCUGCUCCCUCCCGCCGCAGGACAAAGAGCCGGAGCCCGCCUACUACCGCAGCUGCUGCAUGGAGCCGUCCCCGGCGCACUGCGAGCCGUUCGCCGCGGCGCCGCACUGCAACAAGACCACGGUGCUGGACCUGGACACGCAUGUGGUGACCACGGUGGAGAACGGCUUCCUGCACCAGGACUGCUGCUGCCACGCGCUGCCGUGCGGCCAGGGCUCCCCGGGCUCGCCGGGCUCGCCGGGCUGCCCGCCCGCCGCCGCCGCCAAGAAGCGCAAGGUGGAGUUCGGCUGCUGCGCCCCGGACGCGGAGGACGCGCCGGACUUCAGCGCGGCGCGGAAGCGGGCCAAGCGCGAGGACUGCUGCGCGUUCUCCCACCCGGACUACACGGACACUUCCAACAUCUCCAACCUCAUCUCCAUCUUCGGGUCGGGGUUUUCGGGGCUGCUGAGCCGGCAGGCGGACCUGGAGCAGAUCUGUAGCAAACAGGCCCUGGCCAGUCUGGGCGCGUGGACCCGCGCCAUCGUGGCGUUUUGACAGCAACACUUUAAAUGGAAGGGAGGGGAUGGCGGGGGUCCGGGUCAGUUGUAACGCCUCUGUCUGUCAGAAAUAUCCUCUGAGAAGUGUUCUGGGGGGAAAGUUUCCCGCACCUCUGCAGCUGGAGGCAGGAGGAGCGUCCAGAGAACUUCUGGGAGUCAGGAAGGAGUCUCAGAAAGAGAGCUCCACAUCAGUGUCACAAACUCCAAACAACACAACAACACACGCUAAAAAAGACACGCUAUCCACGUGAGGCUGCCAGCCCAGUGUCACAGUGAGGCGUGUGAGGAUGAGCUGACCCCAUUCUGACACCAGCUCUCAGAAAUGCCCAUUGGUUCCCUCAACUUUAAGAUAUUAACAGUUGUUUGGAUGCGUCACACCGAUGGCUUCUACAGCAGAUCUGAUUGAGCUGAAAUGUGGGUUUUAAUGAGGAGGCGGAGGACAAGGCGUCCCCCUGCCACCCAGAUCCCACACUUUGAGAACCACAGCCUCGGCUGCUUCUCCCAUCAUCUGAACACAACAGAAAGCAGAAUUAUACCUCAGCAACACUUUUUGUCUUACAAACAUCCGCCGCGCUGCUUCCGGAGGGGACGGAGGCGUUACGACUGACCCGUCCAAAUGUUCUUUAUUUUUGCAAGAAAAAGAGAAGAUAUUUAUAAAAAAGAGCAGUUUUUCUGACAGUGGCUGACAGGUGGGGGUGGGGGGGGGGAACGCAGGGGGGGUGGCUGUGGAGAUGGAUCCACUUCCGUUGCCUUAAAUCCAGAUUGUGCUCGCCGCGGCGGCGAGGCCGAACGUGACCGAAUGUCUCUGCUGUCCUCUCCUCCCUUCGUCUUGCACAGUGAGCAGCUUAUUGUUAUGUGAAUCACCACAUCUCAGACCCCCCCACCCCCCACCCCCCCUUCACCAGAACCAACACCAUGAGGUACACAGACUCCAGACCGGCUCACCUGGAGGGCGGGGCGGGCGGGGGUCUCCCCUCCUGCUCCACAAUCAUGGAGCCUUCCAGCCAUCCAGAGCUCCAGCUCGGCUUUGUGACUUUCACUACGUCAAAACAAGAAGAAAAAGAAGAAAACACUCAGAUUUUAGUCCUUUUGUUUUAAAAAGGAAACGUCCUGAUUUAGCCAUAAACCCUCCUGGAUCCAUGUGUUAGCUUUAUGAGCACUAUGUGUACCAAAAUAAAGAGAGUAUUCAGCCAUUCUCGACCACAUAUUUUGUUGUUAUUCUUGUAUUUUUGUGCUUAAUAAAUUGUAUAUCACCGGGUAAAACUGUUCCAAGAAAAUAUUUGUUAAAAUUUAUAAUCUUAAUAAAAAAUGAAAAACCUCA